UUGAAUUCACUUAUCAAGGAGAAGUUCUAAACUUGUUCAUUAUUUUAGUAAAUCUGCAAUUAUUUCAGUUUUGAACAAGUACCUGGCAGAUUAAACUCUAUUUAAAGGUGGAUUUCUAAAGUUGCAUAAGUUUAAAUUUGGUGUGUAAAACAUGCAUAAAGAAAAAGUGGGUAUUGAGGAAUUUCCACUACUUCAUUAAAAUGAAAAAGAAUGCCUAAUCAUCGUGAAAAACUCAGACCUUUUCGUACAAGUUAAAGCUAAGGCUGUUCAACUUUUCUCUGCACUCUUAGCUUGCAAUUAAGACAUGACUUUGUGUGAAACACACAUACAUGCAGAUAAGUGGAAAUAUAAUGACAACAUGUAGUCAACAGAUGCAUUGAUACAUUCCAAGUAAACAUUAAUUGGCAAAAAGAAGAGAGUCAAAAUGUAGCUUUAAAUUGGUCCUGCUAUCUAAUAUCAAGUCUGCAAUCUCCAUGCUUCCAGGCAAUUAAUGGGCAAAUUUUACAGGUGACUGUACGUUCAAUUUCCUGAAUUUCAACUUGUUGUCUUGAUGAGAAGUUUCUUCUUCAAUCUGAGGAAUGAAUUUUUGGGAAGCUGGUAGACUACUAGUGUCCCUAGGAAUUACACAGACCUUAAGCUCUGGCAUUUAACACUAAUAAGAGUGAAAUCAAUGUAAAUGAGUAAACAUGCAGAUCUUUACAAAAGAGGUACAAGUCAGAAUUAAGUUACACCAAGUUACAUCAUUUGACCUUGUAAUUUAGUUGUUGUUACAUUCCAUGUUUGAAUGAUCAUUCAACUAGGGGAAAUGAGAUAAGUUCAACUGCUUUCAAGAAUGACAUGUGUAUUGAUUCAAUGGAACAGCCAAUAGGAAGUGAUGUUGAAUUGUAUGAAUGCCAUGGUGAAGGAAGAAAUCAGGCCUGGGCUCUGUCAAAUGGGUUUAUCAAAAACUUUGCUCAUGAUAUCUGCUUGAGGUCUACUGAUGGGUUUUCUGGAAGCCCAGUUGAGACAGCAACAUGUGAUCCCGAUGACAAUCAACAGAAAUGGAGACAUGCAAAUGGAGCUAUCAUGUUAGUGGAUGAUGAAAGUGACAAAUGCCUUGAGGCAGACAUUUUCACCAAGAAACUUUCCAUCAAAGUUUGUGACAGCAAGAAAGAAUCUCAGCAAUGGAAGUUAUGACCUGGUCUUGAUGGAAAAUGUCAAACUAAUUUAGUGCCAAUUUUGAUGGAAUUCUUUUACUCUGUUUGGAGUGUAAAAUAGUUAUUGAUAGUGGAGAUAAUAAUACUGAUAAUAUUAGGUGCACAGAUAAGUGAUAUAUAUUUGCAGAAAUGGCUUUCAUCAAGGAUAAUAAAUUGUAUUUUAGAAAUACAUGCCAUGUAUUUUUAGUUUUUAAUAUUUAGAUAAACAGCUGCCAAAGUAGCUGAAGUUCUUUGAGUGAGCUAGCUAGCCUGCUGUUUAUUUACAGAGAACAGAAAAGAAAGAAAUAGAAAAAAAAAAAUGGUUACAGAAGUUAAUAAUAGCUAAAUAUUGCUGCAUGAAAAUUCAAAGAGCAAUUAUUAAGUCUGAAACAUCUGGUCUAUUGUGAAAAUUAUUACUUAAUUCAAUAGAUCUAGAUUAGGAUAACUGCUUCCCUGGUUACAGUGAAAAAAGACUUCAAUAAUUACAGGUUGGGAAAUUUGAAAAAAAAUUAAAAAAUAAAAAGCAAAUUACUUAUUAAGAGUUUUCAAAUAACAGAGUAAAGUAUGCAAUUUUACCAGAGAACUCUUAUUUUGCCUUAGCUAUGCAAGUGUAAAAUGAAUGAAAUUUUUUAGUAGUAUCAGAUAGGACUUGGACUUCAAUAAAGUUGAUAUUUAUAUUAAAAAAACUAUUAGUAGUAUUAUAACUAUCAUAACUAUGACUAUUAUUACUUGUCCUUAGCUAGAAAGUUGUGCUACUCUGAACAUUCUGGUUUUUCGAAGUUUCCAGAAUUUAGCUUUUAACAGUAAUGUGAAUCACAAACUUUUUUCAGGAAAGUAAUGUGAAGGCAAACUGUUGUACAAAGUGUAGACUUCUUUUCAUGUGCAGUUUCUCUAGACUCCCUUUGAUGGGUUUUAUUUGACUGUUUGGGGAGCAGAUAAGUCAACUGGAGUUGUUCCAGCCAUGAAAAUAGUAGGAAGAAGUUAUGUUACUUGUUAAAUAUUUCCCUUCCCUCCCCACCGGCUACGUGGAGAGGAUUGUGACUACAUCAAACAGUGAGGAGCGCUAUAGAUAGAUUGAUAGAAACUUUAUUAACGUGUCAAAGAACCUUCCAGUUUGGGAGAUAUCCCAUACUAGUAUGGGAACAAAUUAGUAACCAAUCAGAGAAAUGGGAAGUGCGCAUACCUCGAUCCACGCAAAUUUCCCCAUCUGUGAGUCGAAUGGAGACCAUGGGUAACCUGUGCUUGAGCCCAGUCUCUGGUGCUUAUUCCACCCGAACGCCUGUCAGUAUUUAGACUUGUAAGGAUUUGUAACUAUGGUAAUCGAGUGAGCAAGCCCUCGAAGAAGAGACGAAUUUAUUCGAAUACCAUUCCCGAUUUGCUUAUUUAUCGACCAAAAGCCUUUCGGAUAUGCUCUUGGGAACCAUUCAAAUAACUGGCGAAGAUCUGAGGGACGCCGAGGUCAAGGGAAUUUGUGAGUCGUUGAACGACAACAGUAUUCGAAUCCUGUCUUUGCGGGGCUGUAGAAUUCAUGACGAAGAUUUCAAGAAGUUGAUGGAUAGUUUGAAAGAAUGCGAAUCUCUGGCUCAGCUCAAUUUAAACUUGGGAGUAUGCAACGGAAAGCACCGAAUCAAAUGGCUUUCCGAAGCUUUGGUUGCCAAUAAAUAUCUAACAUCGUUGUUCUUGCAUGGAACAUCCCUUGGAGAUGAAGGCCUGGAGUGUUUAAUGCCAGCUCUUCAAUUACAUCCCAGACUGCAAUCUCUGGAUUUUGGUGACUGCCAACUCGGAGAUGACAGCAUCAAACAAAUUUGUACACUUCUUCCCUUGACUGAAGGAAGAGAAGGUCUCGUUGAACUUACGCUGUCAGCAAACCAGGGAGUGACACCUCUGGGAUGGACACAGCUUGCCAUAGCCAUAGCUGCAAAUUCGCAGUUACAAAAUCUUUAUCUUGACUAUAACAACAUUGGUGAUUAUGGGGCUGGUGUGCUUUCUGUUGCUCUGGCAGCAAGCUCUUCACUAGAAAGAGUUGAUUUGGAAGGCUGUGGAGUAAGUGAAAAGGGAGCAGAGAUGUUCUUUGCUGUUAUUGCUAAUUACCCCACAAAAAUGCAGGAACUAGUUUUGUUUGAAAAUAAUGUCAGUGCGGAACUUAUCGGUCAGAUCAAUGACUGUUUGAAUCAGAAGUCUCAAGGCUCUGCAGAGGACCAGGAAAGUCCUGAGAAGUCACUGGAGGAUGAUCAAAACAAUCAGGUUGCUUGUUGAUCACCAAGUUGAGUUGGGUCAUUGAAGUUUCAUAGUCUACUUCAAGGCUGGAAUGUUCAGUGACAGAAAACUGGCAUGUGAAACUGAAUCCCAUCGUCCAGAUUUUGCUUUUUAUGUUUAAGAAGGCAAAAGCACGAUUAUCACAGAAGUUAGGUAGUUUAGAGACUGACCUUACUUGGCUUGUCAACCCUAGAGCUCAAAGAGAUGUUUACCAAUGUUAUUUCACAUAUUUCCAGGAUAUAACCCAUACCAGGUAGCAGGAUGAUGAAUAUUAGACCCACAAAUCAGCUAGGGCUUAUUUUCUUUGUCGAUAGGACACCAGGCUUGCUAGGUUAUUUCAAAAGACAACAAUGGCAUAGCUAGAAAGAAAAGUUUAUUUUUGUAUGGAGCAUGUCUAAUUAUGGAAUAUCCAAUACCUUUUUAACCCUAAAUAAUGACCAAUACAAAAUUUUUCCUUGAGUUACAAUAUCAACACAACAAUUGAGCUUGGCCGGCCAACCCACCCAGAUAUUAACUCUUUGUGUGUCCGGUUGAGUAGUGAAGGCAAAAUUUGAGCAGAUAAAUAAGUAAUGAGAAUAAAGAAAAUUGUCAAUUAGGGGACUAUUAGUUGAUCCAAUACCAAUUUCUCCAAUCUAACA